AUGAUGCAGUGGCAGCAAUGGCCCCAACAGGGGCAGCAACAACAAUGGGGGCAGCCACAGUGGGGGGUGCAGCAGUGGGGAGGGGGAGUUCAGCAGGCCCAGUGGGGUGGCGGAGGACAACCCCAAUGGGGACCGCAGCAGGGCCAACAGCAGCAGGGCCAGCAGCAGCAGCAGCAGUGGCCUCAGCAGCAGUUCGGAGGAUCCCAAGCCAACAAUGAUGGCUACAUCGUCUGUUGCGUACCUGUCAUGAACGGCAUGCAGCAGAACAUGCAAGGAAUGCAAAUGCAGGGUGGGCAGAUGAUGAUGGGAAUGGGACAGCAGAUGCAAGGAAUGCCUGCGCAGGGCGGGCAGAUGAUGAUGGGAAUGGGCAUGGGCGGUGUCAUGACACCGGUCAUGAACCAAGGGUUUCAAGGCCAGUUCAAUGGCGACUUCAAGGGCAAUUACAAAGGCGGAAAGGGCGGUGGAAAAUUUAACCGCACUGGCCUUAGCCCGGAUGAAGAUGCGAAUUGGCGCUCACGACCCUCUCCCACGGGGGCCCCCGUGGGAAAGGGCCCGGCAGAUUCAGCGAUGUAUUUGUCGCGCUCGGCCGUCACCUCCUCGAUGAAAAGACCCAAAGAGGGAGCGGUGCCUUUCAAAGCAGAUCUUGCAGUACCUUCACCUGAAGCUUCCGAGGAGCUCGAGGAAGAAGAACCUGCUGAGGUAGUGCCGCCAGCUUCAAACGAGGUCACACAACAGCAGGAGGAUGAGGCUCCUGAAACCGCGGACGCUCCUGAGGCCGAGGAAGAAUCCAACGAGCCGAGCGAGCAAGCAGAGGCUGACGCCUCCAGUGAGGAGGCCGCAGAGUCGGAAGCCGAAGCAGCGCCGGCCCCCGUGGCAGCGGAGGCGGAGGAAUCGGAACCUUCCGAGCCUGCGCGUGACGAGCCAGCCAGGGACGAGGAGGAGGAGCAGGAGGAGCAGGGGCAGGAAGAGCAGGAAGAGCAGGAAGAGGAAGAGGCGGAAGAGGAAGAGGCGGAAGAGGAGUCUGAACAUGCCGAUUCAGCAGAGGAGUCGCAACCCGAAAGCUCAGCCGAAGCAGAAUCUCGAACCGAACCCGUCCAACCAGCUGCAGCUCAGGAGAAGGAGCCAGAGCCUGCACGGUCUGCACGGGAGAAGGAGCCAGAGCCUGCGCCGGCGGAGCGGAAGAAGGACAUUCGGAGCCGCCUGGCGUUGCCGUUGAAGAUAGCUGUUGCAAGCACUUCCUUUGCCCGCUCCUCAACUUCCUGGGGAUAUGCUGACGCAGGAUAUGCCGCAGAGGCACUUAGACCGUAG